UCACUCCAUCUUCUGGCUUGUAUGGUUUCCAAUAAGAAGUCUGCUGUAAUUCAUGUCUUUGUUCCUGUGUAUGUAGUGUGUUUUUGUUUUUUUUUCCUUUGGCUGUCUUUAGAAUUUUAUCUUUGUCUUUUGUUUUCAGCAGUUUGAAUAUGAUAUGUGUAGGUGUGUGGUGCUGUGUUGUUUGGUUUAGUUUUGUAUUUGUCCUUCUUGGUAUUCUCAGAGAUUCUUGGAUCUAUAGUUUGGUAUCUGUCAUUAAUUUUGGAAAAUUCUUGGCUAUUAUGUCUUCAAAUAUUCCUUCCACCCAUUCCCUGUCUUCUCUUUUUGGGAUUCUAAUUAUGCAUAAGUUAGAUUGUUUAAUACAUCCCACAGCUCUUGGAUAUUCUCUUAAAUUAUUAUUUUUCAUUUUUAAAAAAAUUCUGUUUUUCUCUUUCUGUUUUAGUUUGGGUAAUUUCUAUUGACCUAUCUUGAAUUUCAUCGAUUCUCUCUUUGGCUCUGUCAGGUUUGAUGGUCCUGUCAGAGGCAUUCUUUAUCUCUGUUACCAUGUUUUUCACUUUUAUUAUUACAUUUCAGUUCUUUCUUACAGUUUCCAUCACCCUGUUGCACUUUCUAGUAUUAAUUUUUAUCUUUUUCCUUUCCAGCUAGCUGCCAUAUAGGGCAAGAUUUGAAUUUUGUUAGUUUUUUCUUAUGUCUCUUUUAGGUUUGGAAAAGCCUUUUGGCCCAGAACUCAGUAAGAACUAUUCCAAAAUAGAAGGACAUAAGGAAUGCACUCAAACUAGCUUGGCCUGAAAGUAGGAAGUGAGAAGAGAGUUAUAGAUCAGUUGCAUUGAGGAAUGAAGAGCUGCUGUGUGUAUUCACCAAUCUGAUUGACCUGCCCAGGGAGGUUGAAACAUCUAUCUCCAGAAAUGUCUUUGAAAAAUAAAGAGCAAGAUGACCAAUACAGUCCUCCAUCUAGGAUCCAUCUGGAGCAUGAAGAGGAAUCAUGUAAUGACUUCCAGCAAUUUGAGACCAAUGAUCAAUGCAGACCUUAUCCUAGGAUCCAUUUAGAGCCUCAAGAGAAACCGGAUACUAACUUCAAGAAAUUUGUCAUCAAAAAACUAGAGAAGAGUUGCCAAUGCAGUUCAACCAAAGCCAGAAAUAUCGUUUUUGGCUUCCUUCCUGUUUUGCAGUGGCUCCCAAAAUAUAAUCUGAAGAAAAACAUUUUAGGAGAUGUGAUGUCUGGCUUGAUUGUGGGCAUCUUAUUGGUGCCCCAAUCCAUUGCUUAUUCUCUCCUGGCUGGCCAAGAACCUGUCUAUGGUCUGUACACAUCUUUUUUUGCCAGCUUCAUUUAUUUCCUAUUGGGUACCUCCCGUCACAUUUCUGUGGGCAUUUUUGGAGUACUGUGCCUUAUGAUUGGUGAAGUAGUUGACCGAGAACUAUACAAAGCUGGCUAUGACACUGCCCAUGUUGCUCCUUCUUUAGGAGUGGUUUCAAAUGAGAGCACAUUAUUAAGCCAGACAUCAAGCAAGAUAUGUGACAAAAGUUGCUAUGCAAUUAUAGUUGGCAGCACUGUAACCUUUAUGGCUGGAGUUUAUCAGGUAGCGAUGGGCUUCUUUCAAGUGGGCUUUGUUUCAGUCUACCUCUCAGAUGCCUUGCUGAGUGGAUUUGUCACUGGUGCCUCCUUCACAGUUCUUACAUCUCAGGCCAAGUAUCUCCUUGGACUCAGCCUUCCUCGGAGUAGUGGCGUGGGAUCACUCAUCACUACUUGGAUACAUAUCUUCAGAAACAUCCAUAAGACCAAUAUCUGUGAUCUCAUCACCAGCCUUUUGUGCCUUUUGGUUCUUUUGCCAACCAAAGAACUCAAUGAGCGCUUCAGGUCCAAACUUAAGGCACCUAUUCCUACUGAACUCUUUGUUGUUGUGGCAGCCACAUUAGCCUCUCAUUUUGGAAAACUAAAUGAGAAAUACAAUACCAGUAUUGCUGGACAUAUUCCCACUGGGUUUAUGCCACCCAAAGCACCGGACUGGAACUUAAUUCCUAAUGUGGCUGUAGAUGCAAUAGCUAUUUCUAUCAUUGGGUUCGCUAUUACUGUAUCACUUUCUGAGAUGUUUGCCAAGAAACAUGGCUACACAGUCAAAGCUAAUCAGGAAAUGUAUGCCAUCGGCUUUUGCAAUAUCAUUCCUUCCUUCUUCCACUGCUUUGCUACUAGUGCAGCUCUUGCAAAGACAUUGGUUAAAGAAUCCACAGGCUGUCAAAGUCAGCUUUCUGGUGUGGUGACAGCUCUGGUUCUUUUGUUGGUCCUCUUGGUAAUAGCUCCUUUAUUCUUUUCCCUUCAGAAAAGUGUCCUUGGUGUGAUCACUAUUGUAAAUCUCCGGGGAGCCCUACUUAAAUUUAAGGAUCUGCCCGAGAUGUGGAGGAUUAGCAGAACAGAUACAGUUAUCUGGUUUGUUACUAUGCUGUCCUCUGCACUGAUAAGUACUGAAAUAGGCUUGCUUGUUGGGGUUUGUUUUUCUAUGUUUUGUGUCAUCCUCCGCACUCAGAAGCCAAAGACUUCAUUGCUUGGUGUGGUGGAAGAGUCUGAAAUCUUUGAAUCCAUGUCUGCCUACAAGAACCUUCAGGCUAAGUCAGGCAUCAAGAUUUUCCGCUUUGUAGCCCCUCUCUACUACAUAAACAAAGAAUAUUUUAAAUCUUCCUUAUACAAAAAAACUCUCAACCCAGUCUUAGUAAAGGCAGCUCAGAAGAAGGCAGCAAAGAAAAAGAUCAAAAAGGAAACAGCAACUCUCAGUGGAAUCCGGGAUGAAGUUUCAGUGCAACUUUCCCAUGAUCCCUUAGAGUUCCAUACCAUAGUGGUUGACUGUAGUGCAAUACAAUUUUUAGAUACAGCAGGGAUCCAUACACUGAAAGAAGUUCGCAGAGAUUAUGAAGCCAUUGGCAUCCAGGUUCUGCUGGCUCAAUGCAAUCCCUCUGUGAGGGAUUCCCUGGCCCGGGGAGAGUAUUGCAAAAAGGAAGAAGAAAACCUUCUCUUUUAUAGUGUAUAUGAAGCAAUGACUUUUGCAGAAGACUCUCAAAAUCAGAAAGAUAUGUAUGUUCCCAAUGGUCUGAGUUUUUCCAGUGACUGACUGAGAAAGUAAAUAGAAGGAAGAAUACUGUCUAGCCCCAGAGGUUAAAAUUUCAAGUUUUUUUGGCUUCCCUGGUGGCGCAGUGGUUGAGAAUCCACCUGCCAAUGCAGGGGACACAGGUUCGUGCCCCAGUCCGGGAAGAUCCCAUGUGCCACGGAGCGGCUGGGCCCGUGAGCCAUGGCUGCUGAGCUUGUGAGUCCAGAGCCUGUGCUCUGCAGCGGGAGAGCCCACAACAGCGAGAGGCCCGUGUACCACAAAAAAAAAAAAAAAAAAAAAAAAUCAAGUUUUUUAACAUUUUAUACUGUGGAACUGGAAAUUGUUGCACACUAGAAAUUUUAACCUUUUGGCUCGACGGAAUUCUUCCUUUGAAACUGAUGGCCUUUGUAGAUACACAGAUGCAGCAGAGCUUUUAGUUAGGCAGAAUCAAAAAGAAGAAAAUAUUGUGCUUUUAAGCUUUCUUACAAAUAUGAGAUAUUCUUGGACUUAAAUAAAUAUCUAUCGAACUGAAUUGUAAAGUAGCCCCAAAACUUAAUUACCAUCCUGUUUUAGGAGAUUUGCAUCUGGACUGUUCCUCCUCCAGGAGGUAAAGGGGUAAAGUUGGCAUUUACGUGAGAAGUGCUGGAGCCUGUUUGGCAUGGCUCUUUGGAGAGGGAGUAGAAAGGAAGUAGGGAGAGAAUGUUGUGUGUGCUCUCCUAACAGCAGGUCAAGAGGCUUCUGGGGUACGCGGGGUAGUAACUAGACAAGUUUGUUCUCACUGGUAAUUCUCUAUUCCCUGUCUUUGCCCCCCAGAUGGCAGUCGGAUCUCUGGCUUUUAAUAAGAAAGCACCAUUCCUCUCGGGCACAGUCUUAUCAGGAGUCUGAUGGCUGAGCAGGUUUGUGAAAUCCUACCAGCCAGCCCCAUAUUAUACAGAAUGCUCUUGAUGAUACAUCUGAUGUUUUUAGUCAGCCUUUUUGUUUAGGGUAAGUAGGUAAGAAAAGAGCUCUUCAUAAUCAGCCAACAUAAUGAGAAUCCUCUGUCUCUUUUGUGAUCCCUAUCUGUCCCUGUUUCUGAGUAUUUCUCUACCAUUAAGCUCUGUUUUGACUUUCAGUCAUUUAGUGUGUUUCCCGUGGAAUCUGUCCUAAACUGCUAUGUCUGAUUACCAGUGAGUGACAGGUUUGCCAGGUAAAAGGCAAAAUGCUAACUCAGCAAUUUUAUAUAGCCUUUUAAAUGAGCUUGAGGCAAACUGUUCAGGACAAAUUACAAAAAGGAAUGAUUGACAGCUUCCCUUAAGACUGUUCAUUUAGCAGUGAAUUUUUUUUUUUCUUUACCAUUGUAUUUUAGCAAGGGUCAGCUGGGAAUUGACAGUCUUUCUCUUAUUUGAGAAGCUGCUGUUCAUCUUUACUCUGCAAGAAACAUUUAUUGUAACCAAUGGAAAAGAAUGCAUAGAAAUGAUAAGAGUGCUUCAAAGAACAUCAAUAAUUGUAGAUGUUUUAGUGAAACAAAGCUAAUGCUUACUGCCAUGCACCCUAUUGAUGUACAAUAAAUAUUGAUGACAGUGACAGCAUUUAACUCUUUAGGCCACCUCAAACUAUUAUGUAAGAGAAUUUAGAAGCAUCACAUUUAUACAACCUAAGUUCUGUGGGUUUAUUAUUUAUGAUAGCUGGUCACAGGUUUUGGGCCAGAAAUAUUUCCUUUUGAAAAGCAAGUAUGUCUGACAUUGAAAGCUUAAAGUUCUGUAUCUGUACUUUUAAGGGUGAGGAAAAAAAAAACAGGUUUCCAAAGUUAGGACUAGGAGACUAGUUGAUGUGAAAUUGAAACAUUUAGCACACCAUUUUAAACAAGAUAAAAAUUGCAAAAGUGAAAAAUCAUUUUUAAUCCACUCCUACAUUCUAAACAGUUUAAAUAUUUAUAAGAAGCAAAGCCUAUGUGUAGGGCAUCUAUUGGAGUGGAAGACUUUGAACCAUCUUUCUUGUUGGCUCCAUAAACUGCAAGUGUUGCUUUUCUUUUGGUAGAGCUCUGCCCAUCAGUUUACAUGAAAAAUGCCUUUCUGUUAUUAAAACAAAGCAGUUUCUUAGGAGCUAGAUUUCUGUCUUUGAGGUGAUUGACAUCAUGAUUAAAUGUAAUAGUGUCCUGAGUUUUAACAUCCUUUUAGAACUUAAGUCUAGAAUUUCAGAAAUGUUAACUGCUGUUUGUAUUCGUGUCUUUUGCUUAUUGUUUGUAGCCAGUAUUUGCUGUUUCUCUCCAGUCUUAUGAAUAGUAAUAGUAAAAUCAGAGUGUCUUGGUUGUCAUUUGUUUUCAACCCCUCUUGUACCUCCCCAAGCCAGGUUUGAAUCUAGAUCAUUGUAGAUAUCUAAGGCCAUGUGACAGAGUAAUGAGUACAUGUUCAAGAUGACUAUAAUUUAUCAAACCCUACCACAGCAAAAAAAAAAACCCCAAAAAACAAAAACCCAUAGAAUUUGGAAAAUCUCUUAAAAGAACAGAGUAACAGGGUUUGUCUUUUACCUGCCAUUUCUGUCCAUAAUGUGGAUAUAAGCAAUUCUGGAACUUUAUGCAGUUAGCAGAUUCUUGAAUUGUGUUCUGGUUUGUUCUUCUCCCACCUACCCGAACAAACAAGAGAUUCUGCUUUUGAAAGCCAUUUGUAAAAAUAUUUAAGGUAUCACUAGAAUUUAAAUCUUACCUUCUCUGCUUGGUUUGAAGUCUGCCUAUACUUACAUGUUAGGAUUUUUUGAUGGCUGGUAUUUAAAGGAAUCAAACCUGAAACCAAAAUCUAAUUCACCAAUAAAACUAAUAUUUUUCAUUUGCUUUCUUACUCAAGGGUUUGGACUAUAAUUCAUUAGGUGAUAUUUUACACACUUUACUGAUACGAAGAUAUCAUGCUUACUCUAAACUUUAGAGUCUAAAUGAAGCAUAUUUGCAUUGCUUAUUGAUAAGUGUACAAAAUUCUGAAUAUCUUAAAAAUGGUUUAAUU